CACGAUGCACAAGGAAGAAGAAAACCUCGAAGAAACAUUUAACGUGUUAAAAAGAAACACAAUAGUUUUGUCACAUUUUAAAGCUGUGGAUCAGACUUGAGACUCUAUCUGAAGCAUGUCGUGGAGGUGCAGUGUCCCUGGAUGUGGGAAACGCAAACAAGCCAAAGUUAAAGGCGUCAUUUUUCACCGUUUCCCUGAAAAAGACUUGGAGCUUUGCAGUAAAUGGUUAGCGGCUAUCGGGAAGGUUGUAAACAAAACGGAGAAGAAAUUCGCGUAUUUACGAGUGUGUAGCCAACAUUUCAGACCUGACGACUAUGAGAGGGAUUUAAAGGCAGAAUUACUGGGAUGUCCACCAAAAAAGGUUUUAAAGAAAACAGCAAUUCCGACUUUAUUCCAGACAAAACGCAAGCCGGGUAGAAGACCCUCUCAGAUACAUAAUAAAAGUCAACCUGAGGUGUCUUCUGAAAAGGAAAAUGCACCUGCUCUACACUUGACAUGUUCUGAGGUCGAAGAAAUGUCAUGGCGUAAAGCUAUUAGGAGGCUUCAGACUCCUCAAGGAUCUAAUAUUUUCAAGAGUCGCGAGGUAAUGGUGAACACACAGUGUUUGCUAGAGCUCUUCCAGUUCUGCUGGCUUUGCCAUAAAGAGUGCUGUAUUACCAUUGAGGGCAGUGAGAGGCUGUUUUCAAUCACACAAGACUGUCAGAGCUGCAGCUACCACAGAGACUGGAGGAGUCACCCACCUUCUGAUGAAACUACACCGACCGUUCAUACUGAGAUACAACAUACAGGGAAGCAUAAAGAGAUGGUGGUACAGACUGGAUCUACAAGUAACAAGUGCAGUGAGCCGAGCCAUGAACAAGAGCUCACCGAAGAGGAUGGGUCAUACUUAUCUAGUAACGAUGAAGACACAAACCUGCAGGAAGAGGAAGUGAAAAAGAAAAGAACGAUGUCUAAAAUGAAAGACCGUUCAGACGAACAGGAACUACAUUUAGACGAAGAGGCCACAGAUACUGAUGUGUCCAUGGAUGAAGACAUGUUCACAGCUUUGAAGGAGGACGGUCAGGGUAAACUUGUGGUGUGGUGUACACAAUGUGGGACCGAGGCCUCGCUCUCUUGUUCUGUCCUUCGACACAAGAAAGUCUUCUGCUGUGCUCAGUGCAGUGCAGGUGAUGACAUUGAAGCACUUUCUGUUCGGUUUGAUGACAUUGCCGGUUUUCAAAAACAUGCAGAACAGGAGCACGGAUCCAAACCGUUUUAUAUACUGUGUCAGGACUGUGGUAAGUUUGUCAUAGCAAAAAAAGAGCAUGUAUGUGAGCAUAAAAUCAAAUUUAUCAUUUGUCCAGAGUGCGGAAAAAGGUUCCUCACUGAGGGUGGCCUAAAGACACACUACACUCAGCUCCACUCGGAUUAUGAUCACCCGUGUAAAUACUGUCUGAAGGUCUUCAAAACCAGGUCAACAAAACUGGAGCAUGAGCACACUCAUCCUAAAGAAAAUCAACCGUACAGGUGUCCGGACUGUUCAGAGAAGUUUGACAAUAUUCACAAAAGAAAUAGCCAUGUUAAGUCUCACCGAGGACCACAUAAAUAUGUGUGUGAUGUUUGUGAGAAAGGCUUCAGGGAUAUUAACAGGCUAAGGAGACAUAAGCUAAUUCAUUCCGGAGAAAAGCCUUUUAAAUGUCAAGUAUGUGAGCGUUCCUUUAACCGGAUGGAAAAUCUUGGUGCUCACAUGCGUGUCCACACAGGAGAGAGACCUUUUGUGUGUGAGGAGUGUGGAGAGUCGUUCAGUCACAACGUCAGCCUGAAGAACCACAAGCAGAGACACCAUGACUCUGGUUUGACUCAGCAGAAAGAAGUGCUUAAUGAUGUAGAGAAUAAGGUGAUGAGUGCAGCAGUGGGAGCUCCAUAGUAACGCUCUGACUUAACGAGUCUGAUUUAUAUCAGCAGAUCAUGUGAGACAUUUUGGAAGUUACAGAUCUUGAUGCUCUGUUUGUCGUCACUGACUUAAUGAUAUCCAUAGAGCCUGUACUGUGUACCAUCAUAACAAAAGUUUUACCCCUGAAGACUCCUGCAGUGUCUUUGUAAACCAGGCACAUAAAUAAACGAUAAACACAAUUACUUUA